AUUGCAGAUAGAGGGGGAAAAAGAAAAAGAAGGAAAGAAAAACACUUGUGAAUAGACUUAUGACAUGAUCUAAUGAAAUAAUUAAUAAAGAUGUAUAAAAUAAAAGGAAAAUUAUAUUAAAAGCAAAAGAAAAAGGAAAUCAACCAAAAUCAACACUUUCAUUUCACCUCCUCCUCCUCAAAAAAAAAAAAAAACACUUUCAUCUCACCUCACAUUGAGCUAUCAUUAAUUUUCAGUUACCCCAAGUUUGCUUGUCACAGUAUCUCAAUCCUCAUCAUUACCAAACUACAAAUUUACAUCAACCAUUUUCAGAAAAAAAGAAAAAAGAAAAGAAAAUUACAUCAACCACCAAAGCACCUGUAAAUAAAAAAAUAAAAUUCCACCUCUCCCAAAAACAGACAGUAAAGCAAUCAAAAAAAUUGAAAAGCAAUUCCCUGCACUCAACUCAAUCUGCUCUGCCACCCUGUCAAUAACUCCCCCAAGUAUAUAAUUUACCCGCACGCGCGGCCUUUCCUUUAAAAAUCUUUCCCUUUCUCCUUUCUUUAUUUCUUGUUCCUUCCCUUCUUUCUUGCUCUGUUUUCUGCUUCUCUGUUUGCUUAUUCAAAUCUUUUUUUAGCUUUCUCUUUCUUUCUUUCUUCUUCUUCACAUGACCUUGUUGCCUUUCUAUUAAUGCGUCUUGCAGCUUUUGACAUUCUCUUAGCAGACAUUAUACCUCACAACUCUCUUAAACUAAAUUCAUUGUCUUUUAACUCCCCUGUUUCUUCUAUUUAUAAAUACUCUUGUGUUGCUCUGUUUUAUUUCAGUUCACAUAAAAAAUGAAUAAGAAAGAGAGAUCUUCCAGGGAAAACCCAUGUCCUCAACGAAGAAGGACUCAAUCUUUCUCUUCAUCGCUUCUCGAUGCUAUAUACCGUUCGAUUGACGAAUCCAACGGUGGAGUUGAAAAGGAAGUUUUGAGUCAAUAUAAAGAAACCACCACGAUAAAAAAACAGAGCACCACGUGCUCUGUUUCUUCGAUUCGGCGAGAUAUGUUUCUUGAAGAAGACAAAGAUAUAUCAAAUCUUCGGCGAGCUGUUAUGAUUGAGAGCUGGAUGGAGAAACAAACCACUCGUGGCUCUGUUUUUUCUAAUUCUACUUCCACCUCGUCCGAUUCUAGCUCUGCUAGAGGCGGUGGUGUUUUCUCUUCCUCUGAAACAGAGUCGAGUGUUAAAGAAAAUUCAAGAAAGAAGCAACUUUCAGAGAAUCAAAAAAAACCCAAGUGCGAAGGAGGAUUCUGCAAAACAAAGCUACGAGCUUUAAAAAUCUAUGGCGAAUUAAAGAAAGUAAAGCAACCAAUUUCACCGGGUGGCCGCAUUGCUAGCUUUAUAAAUUCCAUUUUCAGUUCAGGAAGUGGAAAGAAAGUGAAAAUGUGUUCUAUUGGAGCAAUGGAUGAUGUCAGCUCUGAUCGUAAAUCAAAAUCUGCUUGUUCUUCAGUUACUUCGUUUUCAAGGUCUUGCUUAAGCAAAACCCCUGUUUCAAGAGGAAAACAGAACAAUGGAAACAAAAGGUCCGUUAGAUUUUAUCCUGUGAGUGUAAUUGUUGAUGAAGAUUCCAGACCUUGUGGUCAUAAAUGUAUUUAUGAAGAUGAUCCUGGUUUGAUGCCAAUUGCGAAGCCUCAAAAAAUUGCUACGAGCAAGUCUCUGAAGGAAGAUGUUGCUAAAGGAGCAAAUUUCAUUAGAAGUUACCAGAAGAAGAAUAUUGGUGAAUUAGAUUUCAGGGGUUUUCAUAGUUAUGCUGGAGAUGAUGAAGGUAGUGAUGAUGAAGAAGAAGAUGAUGAUGAUGACGAAAGUUGUUCAAGCUCUGAUCUUUUUGAGUUAGAUCAUCUUAUUGGGAUUGGAAGAUACAGAGAAGAGCUUCCAGUUUAUGAGACUACAAGCUUGAAAACAAAUCAAGCCAUUGCUAAUGGGUUCAUUAUGUAGUUAAUGGGUGAAAUCAAAUGAAUGUAAUUAUUGAUAUUGGGCAAUUAAUUUAAUUAAUGAAAUAACUUAAUUUCUGCUCUC